AUGGUACGUGGUCUUCGUACAUGUCGGGGGUUGGCCUCGGCUCUGGAGGGUCGAAUAAAGAGGAAGCCUUGGGAGGACAUCAAGGCUAAUUAUAUCGCUGACAUGCUGCCUGGGUCGACGCUAGCGGCCCAAGGGCUGGAGCACGCCUUGGAGGAGAUGGAGGAAGAACUCUCUGAGUUGACAGCAGUUGUUGAGAAGGACGGCGAGCCGGCACUACGGGGCGUUACUCCAUCGCGGAUGGUCAGUAGAUGGAGUGCUGUUACCAAUGCUAAGUGGGGUCGGGCAUCAUCUUGCAGUAAUGUUAUCGUACAUGAGCUCAGGGUGUCAUCCGGUGCUCGAGUGCCUGAGGGGGACGGCAUGGGGAGAGGAUUACAUGAUGGUGGAGGAGAGGAGGGAUCAGAGGCUAUGGUCAGCACUGGGUUGGCAACAACAACGACCCUAGCACCGAGGCCCCCGGGCACUCUGAUGGAGAUGACCACAGUCCCGAGUGAGGUGAUGAACCCUGUGCUGCGACAGAGGGCACGGCGGCGGGUGAGGACCCAGGCUUUGAUACAGCGGUAUGUCGCACAGCUACUUCUGUGUGCCUCGAAGGAGGAGCGAGGGCUGCUCCUGGACGGUAUCGAUGUUCAAAUAGAAGGAGUAGAUUCGGAGAGCACACGUUCGCCCCAUACGGUGUACUACUCGGUGCCUCUUUGGGAAGAAGGAGAAAUCGAGGCCAUCCAGCGACGCUUGGAGAAUAUAGCUCCCAUUAUACAGCAGAGGAUAGCCGACAAGCUCACUAUUGGCCUGUGCCCACCCCUAGUGUUCGUCCCUGUUGGUCGUAGCAAGGACGAGCGUGGCACCCCACGAAAGGGUCGAGAACGAGCGAGAGAGAUGGCGAUCGAUUUACAGAAGAACUUCACACGAGAGAUGAAUUGGCGUCGUAUACGCACGAAUUGA